UGUCGACACACACUGCCGAGCUGCUCGCUGAAACAUGUCUGUCUGAUUACAUGUUAUGACAUCAUGGGGAACUGGAAAUCUAAACCAUACAUCAUUGAUGAGUAUGACUCGGAUGACUUCGAGGAUGAUGAAGCUGUAGCCAAUCAGAAAGAAGAAAAGGCUGAUGACCGGGUAACAGACACAAAUGGUCAGAGUGCUCCAGCAAGUGUGGAUGUGGUCAGCAGUCUGGUGAAGGAGGUGGAAGAGCUACUUGGUCACCUUGCCAACCAGGACUACCAGGCAGCCCAUGAGGCGGCCAUCUUGUUACAGGGGCUGAAGGCAGGUUCGUCAGAAGCAGUGACAACAACCAAUGGGGAUUCCUCUCACAGAGCAGAAGAAGGUGGACCAGUUACUCCUAAAACUGGUAUACCCAGAGCAGGCAAAAGUCGACUGAAAAAGCCAAAGCCUGUAUCCACCAGUGCACUUGACAAAAGUGAGGUGGAAUCACCUUCAACUAAGGGAAAUAACUCUGAUGACACUGCAGAACAUGAUGCCCAGGUUGAAUUAAAGAAUGAGAAAAACAAGUCACUAUCAAACACUAAACCAGAAAUUGAUUAUAUACCCAAUGAUGACCUAGUAUUUGAUGAAAAUAAUUUAGCAGGGAAUUUACCGCCAUCAUUGCAAUAUUCUGGAGAUCUGAUGAGCAAAGAGGAAAUACAUGCUCAAAUUGUGACGGAACUCAAACGACAAAGUUUAUCAAAAUCUACAUCAAGUUGCCGUAGUGAGUCAACAGGUUCUCAAGGCAAGGGAGAUAACUCUGACGCAAUGUACGGGGACAACAGGUAUGUGUUGGAGAAUGGUGCCAGGACGCCGGACAGUGUUAAGGAUUUGGUGUGGGAGAUUGACGUGGCCGAUAUCUCAGGCAAGAAAAAAUCCAGCAAGAAACAGUCAGGUAUCCCAAGUCUCAGGACACCAAGCGUCAGACACGAGAAGGGGGAUGUUACCGAACUUUACACGCCCUCAAAGGUCAUGGCCACAUAUGAGGACAUUGCACAGAGGAAGGUCCUUGAUAUGAAGCGAUGGUGCUGCAUCAGUCGUCCCCAGUACAAGACAUCCUGCGGGGCCUCGUCCCUCGUCUCCUGCUGGAACUACCUGUUCAGUACCUUGGGACAAGGCAGCCUCAACCCCAUCACACAGGAGGAAGCUCUGGUCAUCCUGGGAUUCCAGCCACCCUUCAGCGAGAUCGGGUUUGGCCCCUUUACAGGGAAUAUAACACUUUUAAGAUGGUUCCGUCAGUUAAAUGACCAUUUCAAGGUCAAAGGGCGCGCUUACUACAUGUAUAAACCCAACGGAAAGAACCGGACGUCUGGGGUCACGUCAGACGACGCUCUCCAAAACCUGAAGACGGGACUGAAGGACCCCAACACUGCCUACAUCUACCACUGUCAGAACCACUACUUCUGUCCUAUAGGCUACGAUGACACGCCAGUGCGAGCAGACGCCGCCUAUAGUGGGCCCCUGCCUCAGGAGGAGGUCAACACAUGGAUACUGAUCGGCGACCCCAGCGCAAGCCAUCCCAGCAUACACUGCAAAAGAUGGUCGGACAUCUCCACAGAUCUGAACAACCAGUCACCUGACUUCCUGGAUAUCCGUCGUCUGUACCGUGGGCUGCAGAAGAAGAAGACGAAGAAGGUUGGUAGGAACCUCCACUGUAUCAUGACGUUUCAGAAGAGUCAGCCACUUCCUUCGCGCCGGACAGGUAUUCCCCGUGUUUCUGGACUUCCUGUGCGACGGAAUGGAAAUGGAAGUAGUCCGGUCGCCAGUGCUGGAGACGCUCUUCUGUCGCCAGUUGCAACCCAAGACAUGAAGUACGGGAGACUGGAUGAGCAAGAGUUCAACUAUGACGAAGACAGUGACAGCUUUGAAGAUGAUGUAGACACAGACUGAACCCAUGUCUGAACACUACACAUGGUGAUAAUCUGAUUAUAUCACCUUCCAUGGAUACGUCUAGCAAUGUCUCAACAUCACUGACAACAUAUGAGAUGGCCAUUUAUUGAUCUGAUGUUCAUACCAUUUUCAGGAAACCUGUACUCAGUGUCAUUGUGGAGGGGGGGUCAAGGAGGUAAUGAGAGAUAAAAGCAUAAAAUAACUUUGCAUUAUCAACUGCCAAGAGUGCAGUUCACGAAAGAACGGUUUUGUAUCCACAUUGACUGUAAAUUGUCAAGCAUUGUUGUCUUCAGAGGUCAUGUCCUUCCAUCUUGAUCUUUUCAGUGUUUUCAAUAGUCUUCCACUUCUAAAGUUCUAUAAAUGC